GAAAAUUAAAAAAAAUGUCCCGCAAAAGAACUUAUAAAAAUUUUGAGGAGAGCAAGUAUGGGAGUAAAAAUACAACAACAAGCACUAAGGAAACUCAGAAAAAGAAGUCGCAAGCAAUGCUUCAGAGAUUUUUCAAAUCAAAUGUUGAAGAAGUGAAAUUCAAAGAUGAUUUUGAGCAAGAGGACAUCAAGAUUUGGGCUUGGAAUAUCAACGGUAUUAGAGCAUUCCUAACCAAAGGGGUUCUCAAGACUUUCCUAGAACAACAUACCCCAGAUAUUCUUUGCCUUUAUGAGACUAAAAUUGAUCAGGAUACUCUACUCAAGAUGAAUAUCAAGAAGUACUUUCCUAAAGAAUAUUACCAAGUUUGGAACUGCUGUAAACCCCCAAGAAAGGGGUACUCUGGCACAGCAGUAUUUGUUAAAGGAGUAAAGCCAUUGCGCAUUUCAAAGGAUUUUGGGACACAUAAUAAAGAGGGAAGAUGCAUUACACUGGAAUUUGAGAAAUUUUAUCUGGUCUCAACUUAUGUCCCAAAUUCAGGCCAAGGGCUGAAAAGGCUUAGCUACAGAGUCGAGGAAUGGGAUGCUGAUCUAACCAAGCAUCUGAAAAGACUAGAAGAGAAAGGAAAGCCAGUUAUUUGGUGAGGAGAUCUUAAUGUUGCACAUGAAGAGAUUGACAUCCAUGAUCCAAUUGGCAAUAAAAGUAACCCUGGAUUUUCAGAUGAGGAGAGGAAAUCAUUCUCAAAUAUUUUAGAACAAGGCUUUGUAGAUACCUUUAGACAUCUUAAUCCAACUGAAAAGAAGUAUACUUACUGGUCAGUAAGGAAAAAUUUGAGAUCGACCAAUGAUGGAUGGAGGAUCGACUAUUUUGUAACCUCUAAAAGUAUGAUAGAUCAAGUUAUACAAUCUGAAAUUCAUGAUGAGAUCCUCGGGAGCGACCAUUGUCCUAUUAGCAUGGAUCUUAAAUUAGAGCCAGAGAGGAAAUCCUUUAAUUCUGAUGAGAAUCAAGACGAGGAUUCUCAUCCAGUAUCUUCACUAAUUCUCAAGUUUGAUGAGUCAAAGUUCGAAGAUAAUAGUGAUAAAUAA